AUGGUAAGAUUUUGCAAGAGGCUGAGACCCUUUGUGACAGAGAAGACAAUAGGAAGAAUGAUAACCAGCGGAGCAGAUAUGCGUUGUGAGGAGCGUGUAAAGCAAGAUGAUGCUACCAAAUGUUUCUUUAAUGUUGUAAGAGAUGUUUUUGAAGGAGCAGAAUCUCCAAGAUUUGAGGUAUUAGAAAACAAGGAAUAUAUGGAGUGUAUAUUCAGACUUUCUGCUAGUGUGGAAAACGUUGCUGUUAAAGAAGGACUGUUGAAGCUAAGAAACUCGCUGAAAGAGAAGUUGCUUUUGAUCGAUUCAAAGAUCUUUAUGAACGAGUAUACAUACAAUGUGCUACAGAAUUUCCCAAAGCUAUCAGCAAUUGAGAAUCGCUUAGUGGUCCUUCCGUUUGUGAAGAAGUUUUUACGGGGUAAACUGAAGAAAAUGAUGAAAAAACAGAAGAGGCAGGCGUCAAUUGGUGCAGAAGCUUCUGCUGAACGAGUACACAAGAAGGCACGUCAUUAA